CUAUCUGUCUUGCCUCUCUGUCUCCUUUGUUUUUCUUCAUUUCUUUAUUUCCUUCCCACCCUGUCUUCCUCCACCUUAUAUUCACCUUUUCCUUCCCGAUUCCCUUCUUGGGUUCCUCUCCUUUUUUUCCUUUCUAUCCAAAACCCUCAUAUUUUCUGCAUCAUUUACUAAGUCAUUGAAGUUAAAGAAGGAGUAGUGUUCUCUUUUCUCUCUACUGCCAUGACUAUGAGUACCAAUAUUGGGCAAUUUGGUGACACAACGCUGACCAAAGUCUUCGUUGGAGGGUUAGCUUGGGAGACUCCCAAAGAAGCCAUGAGAGAGCACUUUGAGAAGUAUGGUGAGAUCCUUGAAGCUGUGAUUAUCUCUGAUAAAGUUACUGGCAGAUCCAAGGGCUAUGGAUUUGUUACAUUUAAGGAUCCUGAAGCUGCUAAGAAAGCUUGCGAGGACGCCACCCCAAUCAUCAACGGCCGCCGAGCCAACUGCAACCUUGCAUCUCUCGGUGCUCGCCGCCCGAGGUCCGCCUCCGCAGCUCCUCCGCCACAAGGAUCUAACGUUGGACCGAGGGCAGCAUCAGCUGCACCAGCCAAUCCUGUGCAGUGGUAUUACCCAGCGGGAACACCAGCGUCGCCGUUUCACCAUCAGCACCAUCAGGCCGUUCCUUUUUAUGGGUACUCUCCCGCCUACAUUGCCGCAGAUAUCAGCUACAACCAUAAACUGAGCUACACUGGAGGAACCUACAUGAAUGGGCCUUUCUCCCAAGUGUACCCCGGGCAGGCUCUUGUAGGUGCAAACACAUUGAUGCCAAUGUACCCAUUCUAUCACUACCAUCAAUCACAGACAAUGGGGUUACCCGCCCACGUCUUCCCCCCAACAACGGCUGGUCCCAUCACCACAGUCCCAGCAGCUGCAAUCAUGUCAAAACCUGCUGCAGCAAUGGCUCCUAACUCAGUUUGCUUGGCUGUGGAAUAGGUACAGUUGGCACAGGUGAAGGCUUUAAGAAGGUUGGGUAAGAGGGAAAACUUUGUUGGCAAAUAACAAAGUGGGGGAAGAUGGUAGCUGCUCAGAGCAACAUUAUUAUCUGAUCUGUCGUAGCUCUUUCUUUCCAAUAUAUAUAUAUAUAUAUAUAUAUUUUUUUCCUUAAGAAAAAAAAUUGUUUAAUUAAAAUAUUUAUUCUUAGAUGUUUGAUAAGAUUCUUUCAUUCUCUUUAUCUCUCCCUCUCCCUCUCCCUCUCUCUCUCUCUUUCUCUCUAACGUCUAAGCUUGAGCUGUGAACCAUUAGAACAAGAAAAGAAUGUAACAGAAGUCAUGUAUCUUUUAAUUACCCAUAUCUUACGGGUAGGGUUUUUUUAUGGCUUUAGUGGAUUAAAUCUA